ACAAAUAUCAUCAUCGUUCUCCUAGCUAAUUGAACUUCAAACAUCAAACGAAAUGAAGGUUAUUUCUGCCAUAUUGCUUGCAACGCUGGCGGUUGCCGCUCAAGGAUCCUACGCCCCAGCAUCCUAUUGGCCAUCUCACUCGGGUGGUUGGAACUCCUGGAACAACGGAUGGAAUGGAAAUCAGGUGGCUUCGUACCCAUACGCUAAAACGUGGGCUUCUUCGUGGCCAGCAGCUGGUUUGUACAGCAACGGAUGGAACGGUCACUAUGGUGCUGUAGAAAAAGUCCCCUCAUGGGGUCAACCUUGGGGAAGCUACGGUGCUAAGACAAUUAUUCCAUCAGUGAAGGUUAAUGCUUGGGAUCAACCUUGGGGAAACUACGGUGCCGGAUGGGGAUAUGAAAACGUUGCUAAAACCGUUGUGCCAUCGGUGAAGGUCAACUCGUGGGGUCUGCCAUGGGGAAGCUACGGAGCUGGUGCCUAUGGUUGGGAACAACCGGAAGUGAUUAAGACUGUCGUUCCAGUGGCCAAACAGGUCGCAUAUGUGGCUCCAGUACAUGCUGGUGUAGAGAAGGUUCUUGUGCAGCCUAAAUGGUAAAUCAAAUUGGAU